AUGGCGGUGCUCACGAAAGAUGUGAGCAUGAAGGAUGCGCGGAAGAGCGAGGAUGUGAAUACGAAGAUUGGGAUCAGGAAGGCGCCGAUUAGUUAUCCAUUUUGGUUUGGAGGCAGUGCGAGUUGCUUUGCGACGGUGUUUACACAUCCGUUGGAUUUGGUCAAAGUGCGGUUACAGACGCAAGCCGCCAGUGGAGUGAAAUUGAACAUGAUACAAAUGUUCGGACAUGUCUUGAAAGCAGAUGGAAUCUCUGGACUAUACAAAGGCCUCUCCGCCGCCCAACUCCGCCAACUCACCUACUCCAUGACCCGAUUCGGCGUAUACGAAGACCUAAAAUCCCGCUUCACAACCUCCGACUCCAAGCCGUCCUUCCCCACCCUCGUCGGCAUGGCCUCGCUCUCCGGCCUCCUCGGCGGCUUCGCCGGCAACCCAGGCGACAUCCUCAACGUCCGCAUGCAGCACGACGCCGCGCUCCCGCCCGCCCAACGGCGAAACUACAAGCACGCCAUCGACGGCAUCCUGCGCAUGAGCCGAACCGAAGGCAUCGCCAGUCUCUGGAAAGGCGUGUGGCCCAACUCCUCGCGAGCCGUCCUCAUGACCGUCGGCCAACUCGCCACCUACGACGGCUUCAAGCGCUUACUCCUCGACUACACGCCCCUGACCGAUAACCUAACCACCCACUUCACCGCCUCCUUCAUGGCCGGCUUCGUCGCAACCACCAUUUGCAGCCCCGUCGAUGUCAUCAAGACACGCGUCAUGAGUUCGCAGGAUAGCAAGGGCUUGGUCCAGCACGUGUCGGAGAUUAUCAAGGCCGAGGGCUUUCGCUGGAUGUUCAAGGGCUGGGUACCCAGCUUUAUCAGGGUUGGGCCCCAUACCGUGCUCACGUUUUUGUUUCUGGAACAGCAUAAGAAGAUUUAUAGACGGGUUGCUGGGGUGGAUGGGUCGGGUUUGUAG